GAGAGACCUCCACAUUUACCGCGCGGUUGUCAUUAGGUGACUUCCUGUUGUCAAAACCUUCCCUCUCAGUUUGUCACCACUGGGAUUUCGUCUCGUCGUUCACACUUUCAGUACACCCAGUUAACAUCCGCGGCCUUCAAAACCUCUGUCGCGCUACUUGCUUUGUUAAGUCGAGAGUGACUGAUGAAAAUAUCCUUAUCUACGUAACUCUUUUCGUAAUCUAAGAGCGUGUAGAGGUACACGACGAGCUCGGGACACGGAAUUCUCGUGGAUAACUGCUAGCAUCAUUGCUAGACGCAAGCACCGAAGGGAGAGGGUGCCACGACGAGUGUAUCUCAUUCAGUGUUGUCUCGAGCAGCGAAACACAGAAACGCAGACAAAACACUGAAGCGGUCUGGAGUUUUCCCCGGUCAGAAUAAUGACAUCGCAGUUCUCCAUCGCCGAUUUUGGGGUUCUGGCCGCUGUGCUAGGUAUAUCGGCACUGAUUGGAGUCUACUUCGCAUGGAAAGGCCGCAAGAGUACGAACAACAAGGAAUUUCUUGUUGGAAACAGGCGACUCCAGGUGUUUCCCGUGACGCUGUCCAUGAUGGCCAGCUUCUUGUCCUCUAUUGCGCUUAUUGGAAUCCCAGCUGAAAACUACGUGCAUAGCUUUCAGUAUAUUGUAUGCAUCUCUGGUAUCGUCAUAUCCAUCAUCUUAGCAGCACACGUCUUUCUUCCCGUCUUUUACGACAUGGAAAUGGUCAGCGUAAACCAGUACCUGGAGAAACGCUUCAAGUCAGUUUUUCUGAGAAAGCUAACGUCGCUGCUGACCAUUCUACAAGUGAGCCUUUAUAUGGGAAUAGUCCUCUACGGGCCGUCGCUUGCAUUGGGAUCCGUCACUGGUCUCCCAAUAUGGCUCUCCAUAAUUCUCAAUGGCACGGUAUGUGCCUUCUACACAGCACUGGGUGGCAUCAAGGCCGUGGUGUGGACCGACGUAGUCCAAAUGCUUCUCAUGAUAACUGGAUUCCUCAUGGUCAUUAUUAAGGGCAGCAUUAUGGCUGGAGGGAUUGACUCAGUUUUCCAAACUGCAAAGGAAGCAGGAACUCUCGUGGUCUUCGAUUUCAGCGCCGAUGUCCACAAGACUUUCACCUUUUGGAGCAUUUUAUUUGGUGGUGGAAUGCACUGGAUAAUAGGAUUUUGCACGAGCCAAACCAUCGUUCAGCGGUAUUGUGGCCUACCAUCUAAGUCAAACGCAAGAAGAGCACUCUACGCUAACAUGCUUGGCAUAAGUUUCACGGUGGCACUAUCGUGCGUUUGUGGGCUGGUACUCUUCUCUGUGUAUCGUCACUGCGACCCAGUCAAGGCAUCUGUGAUACGCAAGUAUGAUGAGUUAAUGCCUCAUUUUGUGGCGGAAAACCUAAACUAUAUGCCGGGUCUCUCUGGACUUUUCGUUGCGGCUGUUUACAGUGGAUCGCUCAGCACUAUGUCUUCAGGGUACAACUCUAUGGCAGCUAUCACUUGGGAAGAUUUCAUUCAGUCCAAAUUCAAACUUUCACCAGCGGCUAUAGUAUGGACUACAAAAGGAAUUGCGGCUGCGUACGGACUUCUCGCCAUUGUCAUUGCCUUCCUUGCCAGUUUUCUCUCAUCUGUACUUAGGGCAUCUUACGUACUGACAGGAGCCGCAGGUGGAGCUACGGGUGCAUUGUUCUUUAUUGGGGUUCUGUUCCCGUGGUGCGGAAAGAAAGCUGCAUUGCUGUCGCUAUUGCUGGGCAUGGGAGUAUCAGCUUGGAUCAGCGUUGGAUCCAUCAUCUAUCCCAAGCAACCCGCGGUAGCACGAACAGGAUUGGACGGGUGCACUUUCAACUAUACCUUGAGGGGUCCAUCACAAGGAUGGUACCCUACAGAAGGAAUUCUAAAGUUGUACCACAUAGGCUACCCUUGGGUACCAGCUAUCAGUUUCUUCACUACCCUUGCAAUGGGCAUGCUCAUUCCAUCGCUUUUCGGUUUUAAGAAUGCUGACCCUGUGGACCCCAAGUUGCUCACGCCAGUUGUGAGGAGGUUCUACACCAGACCAGGAAGAUCUGGAGAGACAACGCUUAACGACAAAGCGAAGAACAAAAUACUGCCACUUGGGACAAAGAAUAACCAGACUAAAGGCUGCAUCAACCCAACUUUGAGGAUCUGCAAUGAAAAACAACCGCCAAACCUUUCCUCGACGACACUGUGACUGGUGACUGAAACAGCUCCUGAGGAUGCAAACACUCAACCAGACAUCACUCAAUUAUUGGCAAAUUAAUUUCACGAAGAAAAACAUAUUUCUCUUUGGCGUGGUAUUAUACGCCCUGCAUGUAAGGCGACUUUGCACGAAAGCGAUUAAACAUGAUUAAACACUAAGUGAAUUAGUC